AUGGGUUACGCGGGGGUGUCGACCACGACCACCAUGGUGGAAAGAACACGUUCUACAGAACUGAUGAGGAUUCUGCUUUCGGGGGAAGUCAGCGGAGAGGCCCCGAGACAGUUGACGCCUCGCGAGAGGUUCAACAGAUGGAUGGUCAACGAAGGAUCACGGCGGCUUUUCGUCUUCACAUUUGUCCUCGUUCAUAUCAUGCUGUACGCCUUUGGGUUCAUGAACUACACCAUGAAGGACAAUAUGACAGGUGCACGGAAAACUUAUGGAUAUGGAUAUCCUAUUGCUCGAUCUGCGGCUCUUGUUCUUCACUUUGAUGUCGCUUGUAUUCUCCUCCCGGUCUGCCGCACUCUUAUUUCCCUUGCUCGACAGACGCCGCUGAACGGAAUCAUUCCAUUCGACAAGAACAUUACGUUUCAUAAACUCGUGGGAUAUUCCCUGGUCUUCUUCACCUGGGUUCAUACCAUCGCUCAUUUACACAAUGUUGCGCAACUCUCAGCAAAGGGUCACGGAGGCUUUCUGGGUUUCAUCAAGCUCAACUUCCUGACAGGUCCUGGCUGGACAGGGUACGUCCUGACUAUCUCCAUCAUGGCCAUGUUCUUCACAGCGAUCGAAAAACCCCGCCGGGCGAAUUAUGAGCGGUUCUGGAACACUCACCAUCUCUUCAUAGUCUUCUUCAUCGCCUGGUCCAUUCACGGAAUUUACUGCAUGAUCCCACUGGACACGAUACCCACCUGUUUUGGCAAUGGCUCUUUCUACCAAUGGUGGUUUGUUGGAGGCUUCGCGUAUCUAGGAGAGCGUGUCAUGCGCGAAAUCAGAGGCUCUCAUAAGACGCACAUCCACAAGGUCAUUCAACACCCCUCCAAUGUGGUCGAGAUUCAGAUUAAGAAGGAGCAUACAAAGACACGUGCCGGACAGUAUAUUUUCCUCUGCUGCCCAGAGGUAUCACUCUGGCAGUAUCAUCCUUUCACCUUGACUUCUGCACCCGAAGAAGACUUUAUUUCCGUCCAUGUCCGCAUGGUAGGCAAUUUUACUAGGCAACUAGGUAAAGUCUUGGGAUGCGAAGGCUUGGAUAAGGAAGACAAGAAGGCAAACCGUAAGACGAAACUCAUCAGUUCGUCCGAAUUCUCCGGAAAGGGCGGCUCUCAACUCAAUACCCUUCUUCCUCGAUUGUAUAUCGACGGGCCAUUUGGCUCUGCCUCAGAAGAUGUCUUCAAGUUUGAGACUGUGAUGCUUGUCGGAGCUGGUAUCGGUGUGACCCCGUUUGCAUCAAUUCUCAAGUCUAUCUGGUACCGCAUGAAGAAUCCUAGUGCUGGAAAGACUAGGUUGCGGAAGGUAUACUUCUUCUGGGUGUGUAGAGAUUUUGGAUCACUGGAGUGGUUCAAGUCCUUACUCUCGGCCAUCGAGAGCGAAGACAAAAGCCAUGCCAUUGAGAUUCAUGCGUACUUGACAGCCAAGAUCACGCCGGCCCAGGCAUCCAAUAUUGCCCUGAACUCCGGAGACACAGAUGCCAUCACAGGACUGAGAACGCCGACGAAUUUUGGCCGGCCCAACUGGGACAUGGUGUUCCGCGCUGUCCGCAAGAUCCACUGGCCUGGAGAAUGCGGUGUCUUCUUCUGUGGACCCAAGGGACUUGGUGCUCAGCUUCAUAUCAAGUGCAAUAUGUAUACGGAAGCAGGAGACAAGGGCUAUAGUUUUGUCUGGGGCAAAGAGAACUUUUGA